AUGUCCCUUUUGCAGUACCUCAGCGUGAGGACUGGGCUGCUGGCGGGAGGCAUUCCAUCGCUGCCGAUGCCUUCGCCCCCGCCAGCGGCACCAGACCCUCUGCGCAGCAAUGCUGUCACUCGCGACGUGACCGUCAUCAAGACGUAUGAACCCGAAGUUAUUGAGACAAGCGCUGACGACGACUGCGACGGGAACAGUAAGGCCGGUAGGAACCAGUUCCGUGCGCGCACCGUCAAGGGAGGCAACAAUGGUGUUGCGCUGCGACAGUAUGCCGAAGCGACCCUGGGAGGAGGAAGUCUGAGGAAGGUCGUGAAGCUGCCGGAGGGCGAGGACGAGAACGAGUGGUUGGCGGUAAACAUGGUCGACUUUUACAACCAGAUCAAUCUCCUCUACGGCGCCAUCACCGAGUUUUGCUCACCCAAGUCGUGCCCCGAGAUGAAGGCAACGGACGAAUUCGAGUAUCUGUGGCAGGAUAGUGACCAGUAUAAGAAACCAACCCACAUGUCAGCCCCAGACUACAUUGAGCACCUCAUGACCUGGGUGCAAAGCACCAUAGACAACGAGACGAUGAUGCCGAGUAGGAUUGGCGUUCCCUUCCCCAAGAACUUCCCGUCGCACGUUCGACAAAUCUUCAAGCGCAUGUACCGAGUCUACGCCCACGUCUACUGCCACCACUACAGCAUCAUCAGAGAGCUCGGUCUUGAGCCCCAUCUCAACACGAGCUUCAAGCAGUACGUGCUGUUUGUCGACGAGCACAAGCUCGCGAGCGGCAAGGAUUUUUACGGGCCUUUGAACGACCUUGCCGAAAAGAUGAUUGAGAGCGAUUGA